GGAUAUCGUGGGCGCUUGUUUAUGUUGGUCAGUCAGAUUUUUUUGACAGGUAGUUGAUGUGUCGACCGGUGUUUUAAAUGAAAAGGUGAUUAAACUUCGUCAAUUUUCUUCGGGAAAAGGAGCUCUUAAAGAUUGGAGUUUAAUUAAACAGUAUAUGCAAAAGUUUAUUAAUUCAAACGCUCUUUGUGGUUGUUAGAACAAAAAUAUUCGAAUAUAUGUAUACGAACACUUUCAAGUUUCAAAUUCGUGGUGGAUUUGAAAUCUGACCAGUGACGUGGAAUAGACAUCGUGCACUUUUACCUUGGUUUUUUCUGUUCUAAAGGUUUAUUUAAAUCUCUUGUUAUGGUCGUAAUGAUAUUGUCUCAAUCUACAGUUGAUAAUUAACUAUCUGACGUCUUUGACGACGAGUUUGAACAGUUAAUUGAGGCAGACUAAUGACUUGGCUGAAAAUUUUCAAGACAACUAGUUUCAUCAAAUGAUAAAUCAUGGUUUCAAGUACUAGUCAGUCGGCUAUAUCUGGGCAAAGUCUUAAGGAUCAUAUUUUACAUCACCCCGAGGAUUUUGUCAGUGUGAACUUGCUGACAAUAUUUACAAUGUUAUCAUCUUUGGCAAUUGUGUUUGGAGGAGUUGUACCAUACAUUCCUCAGUAUUAUAAGAUAUUCAAGACAAAAGAUGCUUCAGGAUUCUCAUUGAACGUCUGCCUUGCUCUCCUGAUUGCAAAUAUACUGCGAAUAUUUUUCUGGUUUGGACGGCAGUUUGAAUGGCCUCUUCUAGCCCAAAGCUUUGUUAUGAUAAUUUCAAUGUUAAUGCUUUUGCAACUAUGUACUAAAGUGCUCAGGGAAUCCAACAUAUCUGGGAAACGAAAACGGUUUUUUGAUUUCCAACUGAGCAACUUUUGGAAAUGGUCAUAUUUUGUGGAUUACGUCUAUGCUAUAAUGAUGUUUGUUUUGUUUGGUGGCUUUUGUACAAUUUUGUUUCUUGAGUAUAGUAUCUACACUGAAGUAAUUGGAUUCUUAGCUGUUUUUACUGAGGCAAUGCUAGGUGUACCACAGUUUUAUCAAAACUACAAGAACCAUGAAACCACUGGAAUGAGCGUGACCAUGGUUGUCAUGUGGGCAUCUGGUGAUACAUUUAAGUCUUGCUACUUCAUAAUGAGAAAAGCUCCACUGCAGUUCUCUAUCUGUGGUAUAAUGCAGAUUUGUGUAGAUUUAUCUAUUCUCCUUCAAGUUUAUCUAUAUAACCAACGCAACAGGACAUCAAAGGAUUGAGAUUUGCCACAGUUGGGAUUCUUGGUUAUAGAAUUGAAAAACAUAAAUGCAGCGCAUCUUCAGAUAAAGAUCAAGUUCUCCUCGAGUAAAUUAAUUGGUAUUCAAAGAGGCAAACGAACACUUCAAGUAUAGAGUCCAACUUGACCUGAUACAACUCCAUUCUCUAUAAAGUCCUACUUCACCUACAUUCUAAUGUAUCAACCCAACGAAACGAAGAUCGCUGGUCUUCUGUAUAUGCUGCAGGAUUGCAUGCAUUAAGCAUCAAACAAGAAAACACGUACGAGAAAAAAUUAGAAAUGAGGAUGCUGGUGAAAGAUUUCUUACAUAACUCGUUCAAUGAGUCGGUAAACUGCUUUAAAAUUGGCAGGAAUAUCGUCAGUUUGCGAUGCAGCCAUCUUGUAGGUAUAUGUUGUGUUGGUUAAACUCACCCUGUCGACUCUGGACUUUUCUCGUUUGGAAAAAAAUCGGCAAAGUAGCUAAAUGCUUCACUUCAAGACGUAUGCAACGAUUUGGUGAAGAGGUUGAAAAAAACGAUAGUUUAUUCAAGUUGACGAAGAAAAUGGAAAGAAAGUGAAGUUUAAUAGAAGUUGACGAAGAAAAUGGAAAGAAAGUGAAGUUUAAUAGACUUUUGUAUUUAGGCUUCAUUAACAAUAAUUACCACUCCCCGGUGGCACUACAUGGUACCGAAUCAUUAAAAAUAUUUUAUCGAG